AUGCAGAAGGUGGGUGUUUGUAAGAACAAGCCCGGCGCUAUGUCCUGGUGCGCAUGCAAUGGCGCUACGAUACUGAAUGGCAAGAGCGGCAAAAUGCGACCUCUGAAGCAAUACUUUCAGAGUCCAACGUGUCCUAACUAUCAGUCCGGUGGCCUGCCAGCCCGAGCUGAGACUAACAACGCCAAAGCGCGCGAGAAGACGCAGAAGGUACUCCUCGCCAUCCUGAGUGCGGCUUAUUACAACAGCGACUUGAUCACCAACUGUAUUCGUUGGCUGAACGAUGCGGUCAAGGACAUCUAUCCAAACCUGCAGUUUCCUGGCCUUAAAAGUGAACUAGAAGCCCGAACCGAAAACAUAUACGAGGACUCGCUUGAUCAGCUAGCGGAUGAUAUCCUGUGCUAUCCUGAAAGCUACAAUGACCUGGCCAACUCCAGUCCUAUCCUCAGCUGCACCUUAGUCGAUGAAUGCAAUGACGGGGAGAGUGAUUGCUCCAAUGAGGAAUGGGACGAGAGACGCGAUGAGUUUUCUUCCUUGGAAAAGCGAGGACCCUCGCGAUCCUACUGCUUUAUCUACAAUAACCAAAUUGGCGGUUGCAGGACAAAAAAACCAUCAGAUCUUCUCAAUACGACUCGAUCAAUGAAGUGCCCGCUCGCAGCGAUAUUCGACUGCGUGGAAUUGUCUAUCGCAAUCGUACGGACUGCGCCAACAGUGACUUGA